AUUUAACAUCAUAUGGCCAUUUAUUAUAUUAUUUUAAAAGAUUAAGUAGAGCGCAUUCAUAAGUCUUGAGAUUCCUAGCCGGUGUUGAGAGGUCUUUCUUCCCGGCUUCUUUCUUCAGUUUUGCAUGCUGAUGACAUUUUCAUCUUGAAGAUACUUUAUUUGAUAAAAAUAUGUUACCGUCUUUUCAACAUUUAAUCAUGCAAGGGGAAAAUCUGCCUGCUCCUCCUAGCAAUAAUGGAAAUUCCCAUACGAAUAUAAGUGCACCAUUACCAUCUGAUAUCAACCCAACUGAAAGCAAUAUGUCAAUGAAUACUGACCAAGAUUCAAAUCUUAUGGAGGGUGAUUUUCCACAGAAAAGAAGAGGUGGCUGGCCUAAAGGCCGAAAACGCAGGCGUGGACCACGAGAUAUGAAUGCCCCAAAGCAACCCCUAACUGGUUAUGUUCGUUAUUUGAAUGAAAAUCGUGAAAAAGUGAGAGGUGAAAACCCAGGUGCAAGUUUCUCAGAAGUUACAAAAAUUCUUGCUUGUGAUUGGAGUAAAUUAGGAUCACAUGAAAAACAAAAAUAUUUAGAAGAAGCAGAAAAGGAUAAAGAACGUUAUAUGAAAGAACUAGAACAAUACCAGCAGACUGAAGCAUAUAAAAUCUUUAAAAAGCAGCAGGAAAAGAAGAGAAAGGAAUAUGAAGAUGGAGAUGGAUCUUAUUAUACUUCUUCAACUGUUGAGCCAAUGAAUGAAACCCAUAAUGAUGGUGAAGCUCCUGGUUUUGACAUUCCAAUCUUUACAGAGGAGUUCUUGGAUCACAACAAAGCCAGGGAAGCUGAGUUGCGACAAUUAAGAAAAUCUAAUACUGAAUAUGAAGAGCAGAAUGCCAUUUUAACCAAGCAUAUAGAAAAUAUGAAGUCAGCUAUUGAGAAACUUGAAGUUGAGAAUUCACAGCAACGUAGUAAUAACAUUGCUUUGCAGCAACAUUUGGAAACCUUAAGAACUGUUCUGUUGGAGAAAUUUGCAGAUUUCCCAUUACCAGGAACAAAUGAACUACCUACUCCGGAAACUAUAGAUUCAUAUAUGAAUCAAUUGCAUAGUUUAUUGGAAAAUCCCAAUGAAAAUGAAGUUUUGAUAUCGAAAAUUCGCGAAAUUGUCAGCAAGUUAGAUUAUCCAUGAAAAAGUAGAAAUCUUAUUUGCAGUUUUGUUAUCAUUAAUGCAUCAAAUGUUAAAUGUACAUAAUCUCAUUGCUUCAUUUCUUUUCAUUAUUUUGUACUAUAUGAUUUUAUGUGCUAUUAUAAGAAAGCAAUGGUUUUCCAUUAUUAUUAUUUUGUCAUGUCUACAUUUAUAUGUCUGUAGAAUUUCAUAUUUAUUAUUUUUCUUUUGAAAAUAUUGUUUAAUUGUCGUGAUGUAAACUGUUUAAAUUAUUAAUAAAUGAGAUUUUUGAAAUGGUUAAUGAGGAAGCAAAAUUUAUUCAAAUGGUAUGUUUUCCAAAUACCAUGUAAUUUAUAGUUCUGUUUGCCAUUUCUUAGAAAGAAUAAUAAAAAGUGUUUUUAGCUUUUUUUCUCCCUAACAUUCCAGGAAAUCAAAGAAUAAAUUAUUAAAAUAAGAGUUCCUGUGUAUAUUUAAUCUUUCUGUGUAUGAGACCUUAUAUAACUUGGAAAAGAUUUGAUUUGCAACUAAUUCCUUAGAUUUACUUUCUUAAAUUAAUUCUGUGAAUUGAAAUUCAUUCUUCUAAUGAAUGUUCCAUUACAUAAUUUCACAGUACUGAAGAAAGAAAAUUUUCAAUUCAUCUUGAGUUUCUAGCAUGGCGAAAUUUGUGAGAUUAAAAUAUUACUAUUAUGUCUUAAUUAUUUAUUAAAAACAAGUUAAUAUGCUACAAUUGUUUACCUUUUUAUUCUAUAUUGCAUUGGUAUCAUUUUUUAGGUGUAUAUUAAUCUUUAUUUAAGAAUCUGUAAAACUGGGAUAAUUCUAAAAAAAAGAUAGGAGGGCAUUGAAUCUUUAUAGAGAUUUUAGAUGUCUUCAAUUAAUUCUGCAUUUUGUACUUAAACUUUUUUUCACUAAAUGAAGUAUUCAUUUUGCAUUUGCAUGUGACUUUUAUCAUUUCCAACUUUUUAUAAUGUAAAUACUGUAUUCAUUAUGAAAAUAAUCAACUGUUUUAUUAAUGUGCAUUUUUCUUCAUUUCACUAUAUUGUUGAGUCUUGUCCAAUAUUUAAAUGACAGUAUUCAAAUUUUGCUUUAGGCUUACAUGCAAACCUUGUUUUUUUUAUGUUAAUAUAAUGU